AAUAAUAAUAAUAAAAUAAAGUCAAGAUUCUAUCCUACUGAAUCAAUGCAAUAUACACAGAUUUGAAAAUCACAGUGAAUUUCUUUGCAGCUCAACAAACCAUGCCGGGCCCCGGUCCGCACCUAAUGUACGCCAUGAGCUCGGGACUGGGCUUGACUACCCUCUCCAAUGGCCGGUUUACUCCACACCAUACCUUAACGUACACCAUUAACGCCUUUUUUGGUCCGGACAUCGGCUCCUUCUCCGAGUGGCUCAGCUCCACCGUUGGCAUCGGCUUCGGUUCGGCCCUCGCCGAUGCCAUACAUCACCCCUUCUAUUACGUCCUCAUCCUUGGUCUUCCUCUUUCUUUCUUCUACUCUUGGCUCUCCAGAUUUUUUAUCCAAAAGGGUGUCCUUCAUUCAAUUUCUGGGGUACCCCUUUCUAAAAGGCAAUGUUUGCUUUUGGUGUCAGCUGGUUCUUUAUCCCAUUUUUUCUUAGAUCACUUGUUUGAGGAAAAUGGACACACAACUAUGUAUACUUGGAUAUUAAGCACUGGUUGGUGGAAGAACCGAGCACCUAAUAACCCAGAUGCUAUUGUUAUAGUUGGUUUUUUAUGUACUUGCCUAAUCGGUGGCUUCAUCUACAUCAAUAGGUAUUUCCUUUUUAAUUUUCAUAUCGAGUUUAGUUUUUGUUUUCCCAUUCUUAUUAUGGUUCUUGACAUUUGUGUUUCAAUUCCUUUGUUACGCAGAGUUAAACCCUUCAACGCAAUAAAACAACAAUCAAACCAGUCUGUGAAACUUAUUCUUGCUGUAGCUAGCUUGUACUGUUUAUGGUGUUUUAGCCAGAUAUACUGGGUAAAUCCUCGCCGAGCCGCAGUUGGUGAAGAGGCUGAUCUUGGAGUUCUUGUGUUCUUAGCCACAUUUUUCUUUCUUCCUCACUACUUCUGUAUAUCGUCAAUGCACACAAAAGAUCUUGAAGCAGAGCAAAUCCCUUUAUAGCACUUAUUUAUCUUCACAGGAAGAGGACCUUACACACCUAUGCUUCAUUAUUCUUCUGUGCAGCAAUGAUCAUAAUUUCAAAGGUGUAUACAAACUCCUAUGUCUUCUCAUAUUACAAGCUUUCUAAACCUGUGAAUUUUCUUUAGAUUUUGGUUCACUUCUGGUUGUAACUUUGUGAUUUAUUAGAAUUGGAACUUAGACCUUCUAACAUAUUCUACAUUUGAGAAAAUCACAUCACAUUGAAUUAAAUUAAUAAACAGAUAUAUUAUAUUGCA